AUGGCAAAUGCCUCACAUACAUAUGAUCAAAUCUAUUUAAAAGUAAAAAAUGGAUUUACUGGUGAUUCAUCAAUAUGGGAUCAAACAUAUGAGUAUAUUCGCCUUCAUCCAAAAGAUUUAUUUCUCAUAUCACCACAUCGCAUUUGGUCUAUUGGACAUCAGAUAAUUUAUCAUGGUAAUAUACAAUUAUUUCAACGUAUUUUAACACUGUACAAUGAAAAAGAAAAUCCAAUAGAUAUACGUUCAACAACAAAGGAUACACCAAAGCCAAAAACUAUUCUUGAUAUAGCUAAUGAACGAAAAGAAUAUUAUAAAGAUCAAUAUGGCUAUAUUAAACGUUUAUUUGAUCAAGACAAAUUUAUUGAAGCAUGCAAAAAAGAGGAUUGGUCAACUAUCGAUGCCAUGUUAGCACAAGAUCCAACAUUAAUAAAUGAAAAACCAUUGUAUUGUUCAAAUUAUUUUAUACAUCAUUUAAUUCACUAUGGUGAUGUAAGAAAAUUUGAUGAAUAUAAUUUACAAAAUAAUCCAUUUCGACUUGAGUUACAAAAUGCUGAUGGUAAAACAGCUUUAGAUUUAGCAAACGAAGGAAAAAAGAAAGAGCUUAUUGAGGAAUUAGAACGAUUACUACAAAUGCAUGUGCGUGAACGAGAACCUACUAUGUCAAGCCAGCUGCGUGAAGAUUUUCGACGAGAUGAUACUGUUGAUGUUCCUAAAGAGAAAAAUAAUCAGUCUACUGUGCCAGUACCAAUAUCACUACGAGAACCAACAACAAUAUUAGUACAACCACCACCGCAACCAUCACCAGCCCCAAUAGCAGUAUCACCUCAAGUAUUAAAAAAUUUAACAUGCAAAUUAACAAAAAAAAUAUUUGUUGAUCCAGUUAAAGCAAGUGAUGGAAAAACAUAUGAACGUGCUGCUAUUAAAAAAUAUCUUCUUGAUAAUCGUUUUUCACCAGAAACAGGUGAACAAAUGAACGAUGAAUUUAUUGAUGAUAUUACAACUAGAGAUCUCAUAAGUAAACUUCGACAACAAAAAUUACUUUCAUAA